CAGCCCCGGCGCAGGCACGACCUACGGCGAGAUGGGCAUGAGCUUCUUCCGAGCGAGCAGGACAGAUGGCGAAGCAGGCGGUGCGCCCGGCGAAGUCACGGAAAUCACAGACGAUGGCUUCCGCAUCGCAGCCAAUGGCGGCUCCAUAUUCGUGGGCAGAGUGCAGCAGGGCCGCGACCGCAAAGUCAACGCGACAGAGUGGAUCGAAGCUGUCGGCUUGAAGGUGGGAGACAGGUUCGGAGCCUAAUUCCCGUUCGAGCCGUAAAUCUCCUCCCAUUCGGGGCGUAGUAUCUCCAUCUGGAUGAAGUCCAAGCCGCGCUUGCGCACUUGCUUGAUCUGCCGAAAGCCCGAC